UGCAUGUGUUUGCACAUACUGUACAGAACAUUGCAAUGUAACUUUGUGAAGAUGCAUUUGUUAGGUGUCAUCCCAUUCUUGCUUUUAUAUCUCUUAAAUGCCAGUUUGGAAUAGAGAUGCGGGAUGACUUUGAUCACAUGAGGUAAACACGUGCAGGAGGUAAACCAGUGCUGCUCUGAGACGUUGUGAAAUGGGGUUUACAAGAAGUGUAUAUUGAGAUUUUAAAUUUGUGUUGUGGAUAAAUGAGUACAUCUGGCCUUUGUUUUGGAUUCACAAACCUCUUCUCAGUGUGCAUCAUAGGACACUGAGGUUUAUUACCAACAUGGAAAAACUCUCACUCAACAUGUUCACAUUCAGACCGAGUGGAGGACAACUACCGUCCUUUAACACAAUUUUGAGAUACUUUACUUUCCACUUUAUGUUACUUUAUACUACUACUCCACUGUAUGUUAGAGGGAAAUAUUAUACUUUUUACUUCACUAUACUGUAUGUAUCUUGCAGCUAUAGUUAGCAGAUACUUUGCAGAAUAAUAUUUUGCAUACAAAACCUAUGACCAGUUUAUGAAAUUAGCUGCAACCAGACACAAGAUUUAAAUGCUGCUUAUGCAAAAGAAUAUUUUUCAUUGUUGUAUUGCUAAUUUUACUUAAACAAAGUAUCAGAGUACAAAUACUCACAAGUAAAUAAUUUUUACUUAAGUACAAGUACAGAAGUAUCUUUAACACAAAGUACUUUCAGUAUGUACCAACUGGGCAGUAAAAUGGCCCUUAUCGGUGUUAUAUUACACAUUAUUGAAUUAUUAUUAGUGCUGCAUUAACAUGUAAGGCAAGGCAAGCUUUAUUUAUAAAACGCAUUUUAUACCCAUGUAAGGUUGUAAGCAACAUUUUAAUGUUGCAACAAGGUGGAACCAAGUUAAACUUUCGAGUUAAUUGAAUCUGUAACAAUGCAUCAUAUUUAUUGUCACAUAGCAGGAUAUCCAUUAUUCACAAGGUUGGUCAUUCGAUCCCCGGUUCCACUUCUUUGCUCAAGUGUCCUUGAGCAAAGUGCAGUCCACUUACCAUCCAACAUUUAUUUUACAAAACUUGUUUGUUUUGGAUGUAAAAUCUAAAGUAACUAUGGCUGUCAAAGUGCAGCAAAAUAAAAAGUACAAUAUUUCCUUCUGGAGUGAAAGUGUAAAGUAGAUAGAAAAACUGCGUGCAGUACUUGAGUAUAUUGUUACUUUUCACCACUGGACUUGCAAGUGGUAUCUGCAAGAGGUACUGAGCAGGAGUUAGGGUUGAGUGCCUUGCUCAAGAGAACCAAUCACAGUUAUUUGACUUUUUCUUCACUUUACCCACCAAAUUUCCAGGUUAUAUCUGUAAAUUGUAAACAAACAGGUCUCUAAUAAAAUCCUGCUUCUUUAACCUCCAAAGCAAUUUUGAUGGAAACCAAAGCCAGUGUUCAUUGAUGGUGUCAGAUCCCACAUGUGAGAUGUUAGUGCCAGGAGAGGUGGUGGUUUAAAUCAUGUGUGUCAACGAGUUAGGGACGAGGAGUGUCACUGGCUGAGAGAUCUUAAGUGCUUAUACACUGUGAGAGGCCACCCAGCAUCUGGUUAUAGCCGCCUUAGCCAACUAGGCCUGGACCCUGUGAUUAUGUCCAAAGACUUAAACACACACACAGAGUCACACACACUCCCCCUACUCCUGUUCCUCACACUCAUGGAUUUAUACUCACAUGAAUUCCUGAAAGGCCCUGAGUGCUUGCCAGGAUGUCUGGGUAUAUUUAGAGGGGGGGUUCUUGUAGCGUUGGUGCAGGAGCAGAUACCGGAGGUUUUAUACACUUAGGCUUCCUCUAAUCCGGAGUGUGCUGGUUGUCUUUGUCACCAUGCACUCGGGACUGGUACCAUGCUACUGGCUACCAGUCUAAAAUAAAGGCAAAGGUGAUGGCCUCUCACCUACUUCCUACUAAAGUACCACCUCACCAUCAUGUGUAUGCACAUUGAAAAGGGAGACAGCUGAAUAAAAAUGCACCACAAAAGCCUGAACUACCUGCGACUGUCCUCUGGUGAAUGUAGUUUGCUGUGCUUUUGUCUGGUAUUGUACACAGAUUAUGAAGGAUUCCUUCAUUGGAAGUAUUGGCCUUUUUUCAGUCAGUAUGGACCAGACUGGUUUCAGACCCAUUUUGAAAUGAUCCAUCCUGCGAUAAAUGUGGUGGUAGAAAGUGAAGCACAGCAUAUCAAAUGUAAAGAGCUCCCUGAUAUGUCUCAUGUGUUACACAUAUAAAGUUGGGGAUGGAUUUAUAUAAAUGGUCUGCAGCCUAAUAUAUGAGGGAUGUCAAGCCCUUUAAAAAUCUACAGUGAUUAAGGACUUUGAACACAGCACAAGUUAAAAUGAAGUGCAGACAUUUUGUUACUUAAUUACAUACACAGUGAAGGCUUACAUGGGUUACAAGGGUUUUGAAGGUUAAUCGACUUCAAAGUGGGAUUUAUGAAGACAAGUUAGUUUGAACAACAAGUUUAUCUUGAUCCAAAAUUUCGGAGCAGAACGUUCUUGUCGCUACAUUCGCAUCUUUGUCUUAUCUUCAUUAACGUUCAAAAGUCACGAGACUUUGAUAAAAAUAGUUCAGAGUCACCAGAGCGCUGACUUUCAGCGAGGGUCCACCGCCAUCAUGUGGUGGAAGGUCGACCUGGCCUCAGUGUGGGAUUUCAACAGGUUGAAGCCCGGUACGGUCUCUGCUGUACCAAAGACAUACACUCCCAAAUGCCACCAACCCUUCUUGCAUGCACAACGUGCCAAGUAGGAAGGAGAUGAAAUUUCCUGGAAAUAUUCACAUGUAAUCUAAUUUCAAACAUUUUGAGCAGCACUGCUCAGUGUUUCAAAUGUGUUUAGUGAUGCACCUCAAUCUAUAUAAAAUCAGCGCCCACAUUGAAGUGCACCUCCUGGCACCUCCUUCUUUUCUGUUAAAGGACAGCCUCGAGUCAUUGUAAUCUUAUUGAAUCACAUAUAACCACUGGAAUUAUGGUCUUAAAUUCAAAGUUGAAUGUGAAGCCGGGAGUGUUGUUUUGGUCGUGAAUAUGCUACUAUGUUUUAUCCACCUACAGAUAGCCUAUUUGUUUUAUGUUGGUUAAUGCGCAUGCCGAACAAAUAGGUCUAUGAAGCCCACCCAGUUAACGGUGGUGAAAAGGUUAAACUGACAUGAGUGCAGCUCCUUGCUGUGCAUGGGUGGAUAAAAGCAUUUUUCUGAGAGUAACUCACAUUACAAACAUUUCGAGACGUUUCAACCCAAACUCUUUCUCGUGACGGAGUCGAGUCUAGUCAGAACACCACCUCAAACUCACAAACUCACAUGUUCGUCGUUAAUGUCUCAGUGUUGGAGCUUUUCAGAUAGAGACGCCGUCACAUUGCACCAUGGAGAAGUUUGUGCUUGUAUUAAUAUGCCUACUAGAGGUUCUGGUGUGUUUGGGUACCGGUCAGCACCAUUUACGCGCACGUGUCGGACCGUGGAGACACCGGAUCCAGUGGGAGAAUAACGGUCAGGUUUACAGUUUACUGAGCACGGGGACUCAAUAUCGCUCACCUGCGCAGACCAGAAGACGCACUCAGCUCUUAUUGACAACUAACCGACUUCACCCUCCUGUUGCGCUCAGUAGAUCCGCCAGAACCAGAUCUGGAGACAUCGAGGACGCAGCUGGGGGUCACUCUCAACACAGCGACCUCAGUCAAAUGGAUGCGUCGGUUCUUGGUGUUGAUGCGGGUCAGUAUUUACUCGCCUCGGGACCACCCGGGAGCCACAGUCAGUCACCACCGCGCCUCGCAACCACCGGAGAGGCUGUGCCUGUGGCUGUGGGAUACCGUUCACAACAGGCACCGUCCAACGGCAGCGCUGCUGCUUUCACCACCACUCAGGAGUUCUCGGGCAGCGGAGUCCCACGCGGAGGCCGAAGUACACUUGGACAUGACGCUGGCGCACAACAGGCCACCGAGUUACCGGUAAGAUCACCGGACUUUACGCACAACCGUGGUGGCAGGAUAAGACCUGAGAGCUCGGAGUCACCUGCCACAGCUGGAUGGGUCACCAUCUCUGAGGAUAGUGGGAAUGCACGUCGCAUCCCGCUGCAAACCAGUUUAGGGGACGGUCGAAGUGCGCAAAGAGUGCACUCACUGACCAGAAUCACACCGGACACAAAUGUUUCUCCCACAGCGCUGUCCAGUAAUGCCGUAGAAAUACAUACGGAUACCACACGGACCACGGACACGAGUGACCCACGGGAUCCGCACAGUAUUCACCACAGGAACUCCGUUUUCUAUAAUAUCUACCCACCAGAUCGCAGAAACAGGGUCACUGUGCGCCCUCCACCAGGACCGGGCUAUGGAACCAGGUUUUUCCACCAUGGUCUCCCAGACUUGGUUCCUGAUCCUUACUACAUCCAAGCUGCCUCUUACAUCCAGAGAGUGCAGAUGUACGCACUUCGCUGUGCUGCUGAAGAGAACUGUCUUUCCAGAUCUGCGAAUCAUCCCAGUGUGAGGGACCUGGACUACAGAGUCCUGCUGCGGUUCCCACAGCGAGUGAAGAACCAAGGAACAGCAGACUUCCUCCCAGUGAAGCCCAGACAUGAGUGGGAAUGGCACAGCUGUCACCAGCAUUACCACAGUAUGGAGGCCUUUAGUAACUAUGACUUGCUGGACGUCUCCACUGGACAGAAGGUUGCUGAGGGACACAAAGCCAGUUUCUGUCUGGAGGACACGUCCUGUGACCCGGGAAUACGACGACGCUUUGCCUGCACUGCUCACACACAGGGGCUCGGUCCUGGUUGCUACGAUACGUAUCACGCCAACAUCGACUGCCAGUGGAUCGACAUCACUGAUGUACCCCCUGGAAACUACAUACUCAAGGUGACAGUGAACCCCUCUCAGCUGGUUCAGGAGUCAGACUUCUCCAACAAUGAGGUGCGCUGCGACAUCAGGUAUACAGGAAGCUACGUCCAGGCAAGAAACUGCAGGAUCACUGUAAGCUGACCUGACUGAAGUUUCCCCACAAACGUAUACUUAAUACCUUCUUGUUGCUCUUCGUGUACAGUUGCUACUCUGUUGUGCAGCUGUUUUACAUUCAAAUGUUUGCUACUAUAUAAAUGUAUCUGUUCGUAUUUAUGUCAUAUGAUAUAUUGUAGCUACAGCCCAGCUGACUAGAUGUUAACUUAUGUUAUUUGUAAGAAAAUACAUUUUCAGUGGAUUUUUAAGGGAUGCCUGACUGUACUGUUAGCUGUGUGUGUGCAGAAAACUUGAGGAUAAUGUGAUUCAUAAAUAUAAAGAAAACGAGUUAUUCUUAAGGAAGCUGUGUAAAUUCAUUCAGUCAUACUGUACGACUGAACUGGUGCUCAUUUUGAAGAAAACAUGGGUGCUCUUCUCCCCUGAAAUUUAUUAGCAUUUUGUCUUGUCAGAGAAAAGAUCCUCUGUCUAAUAUUGACCACAUAUGUAUUGGAGUGAAGGAUUUAUAAGUGCUGUUAAAAUAUAAAAACCAAAUACUCUCCUGCAAGCAUUUCGAGCAGUAUGGCGUGUAUGGUUUUGUGCAUUUUUGUGUAUAUUACCGCAGCACAAAUGUUUAGUCUGUCUUUUACAAUCUAGUGAAAGGGUAUUUGAUUGUUUUAUAAUAAAGUUUAUUUGUUGUUGUUUUUUGGAAACAAAUGCA